ACAACCUUCACGCCCAGCUCGCUAAGACCCUGCAACAGGUGGAGAGCCUGAAAGAAGCGAUGACGUCCACCAAGAUGGAAAAGAGAGCAGCUGAGGAGGAAGCAGGCCACGCCCACGAGCAGGUCCUCAGUUUGAUCCGGGAGUGUAACGCGCUGGAGGAACAGAUUCACCGCUUGACGAAGGAGAAGUGUCGUCUCCAGGAGCAGUUGUCGAGCCAGGAGAUGGACCUCACCAAGUCUCGCGACGACGCCCAGAACUGGACCAGCUGGCCCUUAAAACUGAGAGGGUGGUUGCCCUUGAGCAGCAGGUUAAGCUGGCAAAGCAAACGAACGAAGAGAGCCUGCAGGAGGAGACGCGGGCGCUAGAGAAGGAGGUGAGAUCUCUGAGGACACAGCUGAACGAAGCCCAGGCGGAGGCACGCAGGCUCAAGGCUCAAGUGACGGGCAGUGCUCUCGACGGACGGGGAUCGCGGGGUCAGAGGCUGGGAUGGACGUGGGACUGAACCAGACAGCAGCAGCGACCAGGUGUGAGGUGACGACGGCAGGCGGGGAGGCGACCCAGGCCAGGAGAGCACUGCUGGAGCGAGACACCCACGCCAGGG